AUGCAAGACACUUAACUAUCAGAAGCAAUCACAUAACUUGAUUGUAUAAAAAAGAAAAUUCACAAAAUUAAGACUCAUAAUGAAAAAUUUCAAAACAACAUAAAAUUGUGUCCAUUUCCUCCAGGAUUCCAUAAUUCAUCUCAAAAUCUGAGUCCCAUAAAGCUUCAGAUACCCAUAGCUUCAUUAAAUAACAAAGAGACAAUUUUGGAAGAACUAAUUUUAUGGGACUUUGAAGAUGAUUAUUCAGAUGAAUAAUUAUUCAGAAAUCUCUUUACUAUAGUAACAGAUCUGUUGGAAGAAAAAUACCCUACCAAAGUGGGAUAACUUAGUGCUUCAGAAGCACAAAGUAAACAUUUUGUAAAUAUAUUAGAAAUUGUUGAUGACUGCCUAUCCUAGAUCAAAUAAGCAAUUGACGAUCAUAAAAAAAUGAAACAUAUAUCAGAUAUAUUGGUCUUUGAGUCGUAUAUUGAUAAAAACGAUUCAAUGAUCAAUUUAUAGAUAUCAACAUCUAAAUUCAUUGAAACUAUAUAAUGGGAUUUAGACAAUGCUUUUUAAUAGUACGUAUUUUUUUCUACAAAAUAGUAUCGAUGAAUUUGUAUAUACUUAUUGUUAUGAAAAUAAAUUAGGUUAGGAAAAUAUUGUUUCAAUUGGAAAUUAAAUUAGAGAAUAAAUAUAAAAAGCAUUCGAAAAAAGGUAUAAUUUAUUAUCAAAAUUCAUAUUGGAGGAUCGAUAAGGUAUAAAAAAUGUUAAUAUAAUUGCAGACUUUAAAUAGAAGUUGUUUUCACUCUUAGAUUAUCCUUCUUUUGAACCGUAUCAACCAAUAAAAGAAACACCUUCGAAUAAUGAAUUAAAUUCAUUCUUUAAAAAAAACCUUGAGUUGUUGCCUCCUGAAUUACAAUUACUGUAUGGGCAAAGGCCAACAACAAAACAAUUGUAAUAUCUUAAUUAAAAUUUGUAGGAAUGACAUGUAUGUAGAUUAAGAAGACACAAAAAAGUUUGAAAAAGAACUUAAUUAGAAAUCUAAAUACUUUGAUAAUGUUAUAGUUUAGGACUUGCUCAAUAGAACUAAAUAAAGUUGA